UAAGAAUGCGCCGAAAUCUAAUAUCCACAGAAGGUGAGGAGAAUUUUGGACUUCUCCUUUCUCCGGUAGACUUGGGAUUCUUCGUCGACGGCGACGGCGACAGCUAAGGCGCAUACUUCCUCUAAUUCACAGCUUUCAUCAUAAGCCUCUUUUUCUUCAUUUCUGUUCUUCGACACUUAAAGAGCUCCGAAUCCUCCUUCCCUCGCUCCAGCAUUCAAGUUUCUUCCUCUGUCACAUGAGCUCUGCUGCGGAAGAAGAUAAGGUUGCCGCCGCCGUUACCGAUUCCAAUUUCCCUCCGGCUGCAUGAGUUGGCAGGAACUCUGUCACUACAGGUAUUCUUUCAAGUGCGGCUGCCUGACGCAUUUGCUGAGGUUGAAGGAGCUCCAGCUCUUCUUGGUUUGGCUAUGGUCCGACUCGCUCUCUCAGAAUCUCUCGCUCCCAAUCUCCGCCUCCUAUCCGCGGCCAGCGGCGCGGCGGCUGUAUCAUCGCCACCGCCGCCUCGAAUAUGCUAUCGCGUCGCUGCUCGCCGUUGGUUGACUCCUGGUUUCCGGUCGCCUGCUUCUUGCAGGAUUAGGAAUUUUCAGUCAAAGUGUUCGAAUGUGAAUUCUGAUGUCCAGUUCAGCCAUGCCGUGGCUGAGGAUGAGUUCUUCACGAAUGAGGGUUCUUCGAUUCAGGGAGAUUUCUUGCCCCCUAUUGUACAGCUCAAUACUGAGAUUCUUGAGACUCCAAGCUUUGGAUUGUUGGUGGAAACAACUGAUGCGGAUGGACUUUUGUUGGCAUUGCCUGUUUUAUCCGAGGAAGAGCAGAAUGCUCUAGCAGCUACCCCGGCUCAUCCGGCUGGAUUAUAUGGUACUCAGAACAGAACUUUGAUAUUUCUGGACUCGUCUAGUGGGUUUCUAAGAUGUGGUUGUUUGUCUCCAGCAUUUUAUGCCAAUGUAGUAACUGGGAACAUCGUGGAACGUUUAUGGGAGUUUGCUUGGCCUUCUGCUAUCGCACUGAUUCAUCCGAGCCUUCUACCAGUGGCGGUCAUGGGUUUCUUUGCUAAGUCGGCUUUACUUGUUGUGGGUCCUUUGCUUGGAAAAUUUAUGGACUAUUAUCCCAGAGUACCUGCAUAUAUUAGCCUGAAUGUGGUCCAGGCAGCUGCUCAGGUAUUGUCUGCUACGAUGAUAAUUCAUGCUCACACAAUGGCUACAACUUCCUCGUCUUCUGUUGUUCUCCAUCCAUGGUUUGCUGUGCUGGUUUUGGCUGGAGCUAUCGAAAAGCUAUGUGGGGUAGCAUUGGGGAUUGCUAAUGAACGUGAUUGGGUUGUGCAGGUUAAUCGCUUUUUUUCAAAUUUUCUGCUCCAUUAUGGCUAUUUUUCUGUCAUCCUUGUUACAGGAGAUAGCUCACCACCUCAAUCAAUUUCCUGUUCUGAGCAGCUAGCUGGGAUAAGUAGGCCCAUUGCACUCGCACAAGCAAAUGCUGUUCUUGGUAGGAUCGACAUGCUCGCAGAGAUAGCUGGGGCGUCAAUGUUUGGAGUUCUUCUUUCCAAAUAUGGUCCAGUUAUGUGCCUGAAAUUUGCUUCUACUUUGAUGAUUGGUUCACUGCCACUGAUGAUUGGGCUCACAUAUUUAACGAACAAGUUAUCAAGUGGGGUUCUAGACAAUACUAGAUCUUUCCAUUCUUGUAGCAGAGACUCCAGCGGUAGUCACCAUAUAGGUAAACACAACACAGUGGAUAAAUGUUUGGAAACCAUCAAGCUUGGAUGGAAGGAAUAUAUUCAGCAGCCAGUUCUCCCUGCAAGCAUUGCCUAUGUGCUACUGUGUUUCAAUGUUGUACUUGGUCCUACUUGUUUGAUGACAGCGUUUUUGACUCAGAGAGGUGUGAGUCCCUCGAUAAUUGGCGGUUUCACUGGACUCUGUGCUGCCAUGGGGGUUGUAGCAACAUUCCUCGCAGCCAAUUUGGUCAAGCGAUUAGGCAUUUUAAAGGCUGUAGCUUUUGGAUUAAUAUUCCAGGCUUCAUUGCUUCUCAUGGCUGUUACAGUUUAUUGGAGUGGAUCUCUCUCGCACCAGAGUUCUAUCAUUUUCUUCUUGGGCUUAAUUGUACUAUCAAGGUUGGGACACAUGUCAACUCAAGUUGCAGGGGCACAAAUUCUUCAGACAGGGAUCCCAUCAUCGAAAGCAAACCUGAUAGGGAUAACCGAGGCAUCAGUCGCAAGCCUAGCGGAGUCGUUGAUGCUCGGAGUGGCGAUAUUAGCAAACGACGCUUCCCAUUAUGGCAUGCUGGCAUUGCUCUCGGUGACAGCAGUCGUUGGUUCGGCUUGGAUUUUUUGUGGAUGGGCGAUGAAUCCAACUCCUGAACAAAGGCGGCUCUUCUCUUCCUAACCCCACUCCUUGAUUCCUGAAACAAAAUGUAAGUAUAUAGGCAGCAACAUUGUUUAUUCAAAUACUGGGAAGAAACCUCCCUCAUUUCAUUUGUAGACACCACACACUCUUUGCACUCACAGCUAUCCAAGAUCAGAAAAGAAAAAGGGUUCAAUUUCGGAACUUGAGAGUUGAAUGCAAUUUACACAAAGCAAUGUCAGCUUCUUCGCGAGAGGUCUGUGGUGUAAAAUAGUAGAGAGCUAGCUAGCUAGCAGCAUUGCAACCAGUUGUUGUAAAGCAGAGAAGUACAGUUAUUGAAGCAGUCAUCGAUUCGAAGAUUCUAUCCUCAUCAGUCAACAGUUUUUCUUCCUUUUGAUUUCGGUUUUCAUGUUUAAGAGCGAAAGCACAUGUUCAUCGUAAGAGCUGUAAUUAUCUCUUUGGUGUAUUAGCGUCUACAUCAAUGAUUAACACUCCUAGUCUGGUCGUGACGAAACUACAAUGGCCUUUGCAUACGUGAUAUUAAUAUUAUACGUCCAUUGGGUGUUGGGCUUCUCGGGUGGAUUGAUUUCUUCUUCUUCGAAUGACAUGAUUUUAUGAGUAUCCGAU